GUUUGUGGUGAGCAAGUUAAAACUUGCAAGAUUAAAUUUUAGUCUUUAGAAUCGUCUUCCUUCACCAAUACAGUCAGAGUUAUUUCAUUAAAAUGACUAAGUUUUCUUCUUUUUCUCUAUUUUUCAUAAUAGCUGGGGCUUAUAUGACUCCAGAGUGUUUCAACAUGGAGAUUAUUGGAGGGAAAGAAGUGUCACCUCAUUCCAGGCCAUUUAUGGCUUCCAUCCAGUACAGAGGCAACCACAUUUGCGGAGGAGUUCUGAUCCAUCCGCAGUGGGUGUUGACAGCAGCCCACUGUCGCGCUCGGUUUGGCAAACGCCAAUCUUCCAAAGUGGUUUUAGGAGCACACUCUCUCUCAAAGAAUGAAGCCUCCAAACAAACAUUUGAGAUUAUAAAAUUCGUACCAUUCCCAAGAUCUACAUCAGAUGCCAAAUCAAGUGAUAUUAUGCUGGUUAAGCUUCACACGGCCGCAAAACUUGAUAAGCAUGUCAAGCUGCUCUACCCAAGCACCAAAAAUGAUAUUAGAGCUGGGACAAAAUGCCAGGUUACUGGCUGGGGCAGCACCGACUCAGAACUUUUCAGCUUCUCUGAUACUCUGCGAGAAGUCACUGUUACUGUCAUAAGUCGAAAACUUUGCAACAGCCGAAGUUAUUACAACCACAACCCUAUUAUAACUAAAGGCAUGAUAUGUGCAGGAGAUGCCAAAGGCCAAAAGGAUUCCUGCCAGAGCACUAUGUUCAACCUUAUGAGGAUGCAAAACAGGAAAAAAAUAACACAGAAGAUAGAGUUCCUGCCACCAAGACAUUUACUGGAACACUCUUAUCUGCCAGUUUCAAUAACAGCUGGAUUUCAGACCCAUGGAGACCAAAAUGAAAUUCACAAUGUAAAAAAUUUCUUUCAUUUCAGUGCCUAUAUUAUUGCUGUGGAUUGUGUCUUCAUGCAGUUAAUCGGCAUCUGA